CUCUUUUGGAAACUAGGGGCAUGCGUGCAAGAAGUUUCCUAAAAGCUAUCUCAGAGUAGAUUUCAGCAUUAUUUGAUACUAACACUUGCUCUUUGCAGGUGUUAUAGAUCAUGUGUUAUGGCCACUAGAAACAGGACAGAAGUAACUGAAUUUUUCUUAUUGGGCCUGUCCAGCUGGGCAGAGAUGCAGCCAGUUAUUUUUGGGAUUGUCCUUGCCAUGCACCUGGUGGCACUUAUGGGCAAUGCCCUAUUAGUAAUUGUUGCCCUCUCAGACCCCAAGCUUCAGACUCCAAUGUAUUUCCUGCUCAGUCAGCUUUCCUUUAUUGACAUGUUUCUGACAACCAUCACUGUUCCCCAGAUGCUGGUGCACACACUGUCUGUGAAUAGAAUCAUCUCCUUUAAUUGCUGCAUGAUCCAGCUCUUCUGUUUUAUGGCUGUGGGCAGCAUGGAAGGCCACUUGCUGGCUGCCAUGGCCUAUGACCGCUAUGUUGCCAUCUGUGACCCAUUAAGAUACUCUGCCAUCAUCAGCCGUGGCCUCUGUCUGCGUAUAACCUUGACCUCGUGGGUGGUUGUCAGCCUCAACAGCCUGCUUUAUAGUGUGUUGGUCACCCGCUUAACCUUUUGUGGCAACCAGGUCACCCAUUUCUUCUGUGACAUCACACCCUUGUUAAAACUCUCCUGCACCCGACCAGUGGUCAAUGAAAUGCUAAUAUUUACUGAGGGCGUAGCUGUGGUGGUCAGCCCCUUCUUCUUCAUUUUAGGUUCCUAUGCCCGCAUUGCUGUUGCCAUAGCUCGCACGCAUUCAGUUGCUGCCUUGCGCAAAGCCCUGUCCACAUGUAGCUCCCACAUUCUGGUUGUGCUGCUCCUGUAUGGCUCUGUGAUCUACAUGUAUCUCCGGCCAUCCUCCAGCUAUGACUUGGACCAGGAUCGCCAAGUCGCCAUGUUUUACACAGUAGUUACUCCUAUGCUAAACCCACUGAUCUACAGCCUGAGGAACCAGGAGGUUAAGGGAGCUCUGCGAAGGCUUUUCAGGAAACUCUGCAUCUCAAGAAACUUCCAACCUGGUUCCCAGAUAAAUGGGGGAUGGCAGAACAUCUCCUGA